UUGCCAAGUUUACAGGGGGAUAAAUAGUUGUUGUUCAGUUCAGUUGUUUGAUAAUCGAGUUGCAGUGCGGAGCCGUCGCCAAAGUAAAUCCAUUGCACUAAAAACUUUUGCACCCCAAACAAAAGAGCGAGAGAGAGAGAGAGAGAGCUGCUUCAAGAACUAGAGCAAGACGAGGAUAGAGCGAUAAAGUGUGAGUGAAAAGAAGAGCGUGCGCUUGCAGAGCGACGAUGAGAGACAGAGACACAGACACAACAACAACAGCAACAGCAACAGCAAUAUUACCCGCUCCCGCUCCACACCGAAAGACCCAAAUAGCGACACAAAAGAUGCAGCAGCUGAUAUCCCUGACGCUGCUGUGCGUCCUCGCCUGCACAUUGAGCCAUUGUACGGCGGCGCAGAUGGAUCAGUCACCCGCCAAAUUGGAGCAGAAUCCGUGCGUGAACAAGGCCACCUGCCAUGAAUGCAUACAGACGCAGAAUUGUGGUUGGUGCAUGAAAUCCGACUAUGGCGAUCGAUCGCGAUGCUUUCUGCACACACCAAAGCCGGAGGUGUGCCCGGAGGAGUUCAUCUGGAAUCCGGAUACAUCGGAACGUAUAUUGAUCAAUAAGGAUCUGACGCUGGACAGCAGUGCCGCCGCAUGGUCGGGUGGUCAAUUUAUAUCGGGCGGAUCCUACGAGAGUAGUGCACAUCAGCAAAGUUCAGCGUCCGGCUCUUAUGGUGCAUCCGGUUCCAGUUCCAGCUACGGCUCCAGCUCCAGCUCUGGUUCCAGUUCAGGUUUCAGCUCCAGUUCGGGAUCGCAGAGUGCCUCUGGAUCAGCAGCAAUGGCUUCUGCCGCUGGUGAAAUUGUGCAGAUAAAACCACAACGUGUCAGCCUUAAGCUGCGCAUCAAUGAGGUCCACAAUUUGGAUGUGAGCUACUCACAGGCCGAGGACUAUCCCGUUGAUCUCUACUAUUUGAUGGAUCUGUCCAAAUCUAUGGAGGAUGACAAAGAGAAACUCUCCGCACUGGGCGACAAACUCUCGGAGACAAUGAAGCGCAUCACAUCCAAUUUCCGUUUAGGUUUCGGCUCGUUUGUCGACAAGGUGCUCAUGCCCUACGUAUCUACCAUACCCAAGAAACUCGAGCAUCCAUGCGAUAACUGCAAGGCCCCCUAUGGUUACCGCAAUCACAUGCCACUGAGCAAUAACACCGAAAGCUUCUCUAAUGAGGUAAAACAAGCAGCUGUAUCUGGUAAUUUGGAUGCACCCGAGGGCGGCUUCGAUGCCAUCAUGCAGGCAAUUGCCUGUCGUCAGCAGGUGGGAUGGCGGGAACAGGCGCGUCGUUUGCUCGUCUUCUCAACGGAUGCGGGAUUCCACUAUGCCGGGGACGGCAAACUUGGCGGCGUGAUAACGCCCAACGAUGGGGAAUGCCAUUUGAAUGGCCAGGGCAUGUACACGCAUUCGAUUAUUCAGGAUUAUCCGAGCAUCUCACAAAUCAACCAGAAGGUCAAGCAGAAUGCCAUCAACAUCAUUUUUGCCGUCACACAGAAUCAGUAUUCCGUCUAUCAGAAGCUGUCAGGACACAUUGAGGGCUCAUCCAGUGCCAUCUUGUCCAACGAUUCAUCCAACGUGGUGGAUCUUGUGCGCGAGGAGUAUAGCAAAAUUUCAUCAACGGUGGAAAUGAAGGACAAUGCCACGGGUGAUGUUAAGAUCACGUAUUACUCAUCCUGUUUGACCAAGGGACAGCAGACCAAAACUAACAAGUGCAGCGGCCUCAAAGUGGGUGACAAGGUCACCUUCACUGCCAAUAUUACGGUCACCAAAUGCCCGACAAAUCCACGCGACUGGAAUCAGGUUAUACAAAUCUAUCCGGUGGGCAUUAAUGAAAGCAUGAUCAUUGAUCUGGAGAUGCUGUGCUCGUGCCCGUGCGAGCAUCCCGGCUCCAAUGGCUAUGAGAAGCACUCGAGAAACUGCAGCAACUUUGGUACAUUGAUGUGCGGCAUCUGUGAGUGCGAUGAGCAGCAUUUUGGCAACACCUGCGAGUGCUCCAUGUCGGAUGUGCAUUUGAACAACGGCAACAAUAAUAUGUGUCGCCAGGGCAACAAUACUAAUGCCGCCGAUUGUAAUGGACGUGGCAGCUGUGUGUGCGGCGAAUGCGAAUGCAAUAAGCGUCCCAAUCCCGAGGAGAUCAUCUCCGGUAAAUAUUGCGAAUGCGAGAACUUCAGCUGUGAGCGCAACAAGAAUUUGCUAUGUUCCGGCCCCGAUCACGGCAUCUGCGAGUGCAAUCGCUGUGUGUGUAAGCCCGGCUGGACGGGCAGCAACUGUGACUGCCAAACGUCCAAGGAUACUUGUAUGCCACCAAAUGGCGGUGAGAUUUGCUCCGGUCACGGCACCUGUGUAUGCGGCGCCUGCAAAUGCAAGUCCACCGAUGAUGGUCGCUACUCGGGCAAAUAUUGUGACAAGUGUCCCACCUGCUCGGGACGUUGUCAUGAGCUCAAGGAUUGCGUGCAGUGUCAAAUGUAUCACACGGGCGAGCUGAAGAAUGGUGAUGAUUGUGCCAAAAACUGCACCACUUUCACGCCCGUUGGCGUUGAACAGGUCAAGCUGGAUGAGGACAAGGAUGAGCAACUGUGCGUCUUUUUCGAUGAGGAUGAUUGCAAGUUUACGUUCAAAUACAGCGAAGCGGGUGAGCUUGUGGUGCACGCCCAAGAGGAUAAGGAGUGCCCGCCCAAGGUCUUUAUGCUCGGCAUUGUGCUUGGCGUCAUUGCGGCCAUUGUUUUGGUGGGAUUGGCCAUACUGCUGCUAUGGAAACUGCUCACCACCAUCCAUGAUCGUCGUGAGUUUGCACGCUUCGAGAAGGAGCGCAUGAAUGCCAAAUGGGAUACGGGCGAGAAUCCUAUCUACAAGCAGGCCACCUCCACUUUCAAGAAUCCCAUCUAUGCGGGCAAAUAAGCGAACAUAACAAGUUGCUAAUUGUUUUUAGUGAAAUUUGCCAUUCAACAACUGACUGUUUAUAAUCUUUCUGAUUUCCGAUUUCUGACUUCGGAUCUGUUCUGUCCUGUCCCUCCCAUCUUCUGUCACCUUGCCCUCCACACAAUUUAUUCAAACGUAGCAGCUUCUUCAACUGGUGCGCGUGCAAGAGAAAUGCUUGAACAAAAAAGUCAACUGCCAUUGAAACGCGUUCUAAACUAAGUCAAAAACUUUUAUAAUACGAGUAUAUAUAUACAACAACAUUUGUGCAAACAAUGUAUGUGUGUAUGGAAUGUAUCAAUAUUUUACAUAGAGUAUACAAAGCAAACGAAUUGUGCCUUGCAAUAUAAAUAUAUAUUUAUAUAUGUAUAUGUUAGAUUUUAUAUAUGUAUCUACAUUGUAUACUGUGUACAAGUGCAAAAAGAAAAGCUUCCAUUUGUAAGCAGCCAAACUAACAAUUACCACAAGAACAGCAAAGCAAGAAUAACGCACAAUAAUUAAUCAAUUAAUCAUGGAAACCAUCGACGCAGCAAACAAUCUACAACAACCAAAUUGUGCCUAUGUUACUUACAAAUCUAGCUACGAACGAUCAUUUGUAAUAUUAUCAAUGUGUGUUCCUCAAAAUGUUUAAAGCUCCAUUUCGGCGAGCAUUCCAAAAAGAACAAAAUAUUGAAGCCGCAAAUUAGAAAUGAAUAAAAAACGAUAACAAUUAUUAGAUGGUCAUGCCAGAUGUUUGGAUAGCGUUAUGAGGAGCACAUCUGAUUAUAUUUUUAAUAACUUUUUUUUUUUUAAUAUUCAACAUAAGUUUUUGGCACAACUUUUGCUUUGUCCCGUCUUUCGGAUCGCUUAUUUAUUAAUGUCCAUGCAAUAUAGCAAUUUAUUUAUUAGCUGAACGAUCCAAAAACUGAAUUUAUGCCAAUUAAUGCGCGUAGAAAGCAGCAUAAAGUUUAAACAAAACAACAAAGUUUUUAUUAACUUAAUUGUUUAUGGACUUACGCCCUCUUUUAUGUUUUCCGUCAAUUCUUUUGUGUUUUUUCAUUAUGUGUAUGUUUUUGAUAUAUUAUUAUUUUAAAUCUAACUUUACAAUUAAUAUUUAAGCGUAUUAACAUUUAAGCUUGUAAUUGUUAAUUUUAUAUGAGCAAAAAUGCUAAAAACA